UUUCUGCAAGAGCGGGUUGACAGCAGUCAAGAACAGGCCGAAGUGGGUAAACAAAUUGGGUAUGUGUGGAAGAAAUCGUCCAAAUCAACAAAGUUGUAUCUCGUUUUGUAUUGAUAGUAUGCUCGUGGUUAUUCCAAAACGUGCCUGAGACAGCUGAAAGAGAAGCUAAUUAGCAAAUAGCGCUCUUACCGCAACUUUUUAGAUAAAUAGGUUAAGUUAGCUAACGUGUGCUAGCUCGGGUUAGCCGGCUAGCUCGCCUGUCCGCUGGCUCGCUGUCCGGCCGUCAUGUCAUCGCCUUCCUCGUCCUCGCGGCGCCAGUGGUGUUACCUGUGCGACCUGCCCAAGAUGCCCUGGACGGUGGUGUGGGAUUUUAGCGAGGUGGUGUGCCGCGGCUGCGUCAACUACGAGGGCGCAAACCAGAUCGAGUUCCUGAUCGCUAGCGCGCGGCAGCUGAAGCGCAGCCACGGCAUGCAGGACGGGAACGUCCGCUCGCCUGGACCGGGACCCUCGCCUCACAAGCACGCCGCGCCCGGCCGCGGAGAACCGGCGACAGACGUCCAGCGGUCGCAUGGUGAGCGCUUUGACCGUGGCGGCAGAGGGGAGAGUGGCAACGUGGCCGCCGCUCGCGUACCGCCGAACGGGCUGCACCGCGACGGGCAGCCGCCCCAAGAAGUGAACCGCCAGAGUCCCAGUGGGAGCCGUAGACCCAUGAUCGGGGCGGCCAUACCCCCGAAUCUAGUGACUCAGAGCAUAGCGGGGAUCCCCCACGGGCUGCUGGCGGGCAUGCCGGCGGGCCUGACUGCCAGGACGGCCCCUAUGAGCAGCCCGAUGAUAUUCCCGGCGCCGGUGCUGGCUGAGAUGAACCGCCGACAACUGGGCAUCGGCAUGGGCAUCGCCCCCUUCAUCACGCCGGAGCUCGAACGGGAGCUGAGCUCGUCCCAGCCCAAGUCGCAAACCCAGGGCCACGCCGGCUCCAGUAAGAGCGCCGGCUUGCCCUCGUCGUCGGCCUCUGUUAGCCAGACCAGCCCCAAGCCAGCGUCGUCCCCGGCCAGGCAGCCGCGGCCUCUCACCGCCCGCGCCGGAGGGGAGCCGCUGUCGUCCGGCAGCUCAUCCGAGGCGGCCACCACUGCCGCCGCAGCGCUGCCCCACAGCGGAGCGUCCGAACUGGGCGCCACCUCGGGCGGCAGCAGCCUGACCGGAAGCACCUUGUCCUGCACGCUGUGCCACGAGCGGCUGGAGGACACACACUUUGUACAAUGUCCGUCUGUGCCGGGACACAGGUUCUGCUUCCCAUGCACCAGAGUGUACAUCCAGAGCCGGCGGGGUGACGGUGAAGUAUACUGCCCCAGCGGUGAGCGCUGUCCCCUGGACACGUCAAACAACAGCCCCCCCUGGGCGUUCAUGCAGGGUGAGGUGUCCACAAUCCUGGGCACUGGUGUGGGGGGUGCCCCGUCAGCCGCCCCGCCGGGAGCGGGGCCCGGUGGACCAGGGGGGCCUGGCGGUGGUGCCAACGGAGCCGGGGCCCAGAGCGGCGAUGUCACCGUCAAGAAGGAGCGGGAGACGUGAUGAUGGUUUGUGUGGCAACCUGGAACAAAGGCAGGCAGGUGGAACACACAAACACGAUUCUACUACUCUGUAUAACUUCAGUGUGGGCCACCAACUGCACACGUAGGGUGAUGGCGCAUCUUAGUGACAGAAAAUCAAGAACACUUAUUUUCCUCACGAAAAUUAUGGUGCACAAACUAAUUCUAGCAUUGACAUUGUGUGGAUCAGACAAAUUGUCCACUCAAAAAUGGGAUACCAUGGGUGAUCCCACUCAAAGAUGGAAAGACAAGAUGCAAGUAAUGGUUUCCCUGUAUGGACCAGCCAAAACAUCCCUUCACUAAGAUUGAAAGACAUGAAGACAGAUGACCUGUUCGAUCUUUAAUUGCCACAAGAUGGCAGCAUAGCACUACUUUUGUCUCUAUAAAGCUCCUCAACUCACUUCAAUGUAAGGUCCUUGUCAUCAAGGCCAGUCAAAAUGUCCUCCAAAGAAAUACAGCACCACUUGCCUCACUAACAGAAAGACAACAACAACAAAACAUUCAUCAAGCAAUUAAUGGACGCACACGCACAAUUACUGUCAUGUGGCCUGCCUGCCAGUGGGUGAAUGUAGAAGACAAACGAGAAGGUUCCUGGUUGUUUCAAGUGCAAUCCUCCAAUUUACAAGCUGUUAUUAAAACGGUCGAGCGACAUUACUGACAAGUUUUUUUUUGUAAUAGUUUGUCUUUUUUUUUUUUUCUCAAAAAAGUAAUUUAGUAGUUUGUUGGAGCUUUUUUCCCUUCUUGCUGAACCAGAAUGUUCCUCGCACAGACGAACCAAACCAAAGCCAAUGUAUGUGUAUACAAUCUAUACGGCUAUAUGCUAAUGCUAACGGUGUAAGACAAGUGCCUUGUGCAGAAGUGUCCCGCCUCCUCGCGGCGUCGCCAUGGUGACGACCAAUCUGCUCUUUCGUCUUUUGACUGCCGCUUCUUGUACAAAACAACCCAGUGGGGAAUAAACCAGAUAAAAAAAAAAAA